GUGCCUCACCCCCAUCCUCUCCAUAGGGUUCCCAUUGGUUCUGACAGAAAAUCACAUAAGCUGACCCAAUUACUCAAACAGACCUUUGAGCUUGACAGCUUGACGUUGAUUUCCAUUCAACGUAAUUAUCAUGGAUUACUCUCGAAACACAGCAUUGUCAAAAAAAGUUAGAAACCAGAGCAUGUAAAAGAGUUUGGUGCUGUCCCUUUAAAGGCCUUCAUUAACAAACAAACAAAUCAAGAGGCCUUUCAGUUGUGGGCCGUCCAUUUUCCCCUGGAACUCCCCUGUUUAAUUAUUCUGCUUUCUACUGGGUGAGUGUGUGUGUGUGACUGCCAGUUAGCUCCUUUUAUACAAUAAACAAUCGAACAUAGAAUAGAUUGCUCUAGUUUUUUUUUUUUAUCUUAUUCAGCUAUUGACAGAGGCACCAACUUGCUAUGACUUACCGUCUGUUUGAGGGCAAAAGCCAUGCUUCUUCCUAUUGGAAGUUCAGGAUCUCUCCAUCAGAUAAUCUCAUACAACAGGUGCUUGACUUCCUGGAAAAGCAUAAAGGACAUCCCUUUGAGCUGGCGGUGGAUGUGGGUUGCGGAUCAGGACAGGGCACCGUGCUGCUGGCCAAACACUUUGCCUCCAUGGUGGCGACAGACGUUAGUCCUGCCCAGGUGGAAAUGGCUCUACAGCAUUCCAAAGAGCCAAACAUCACCUACAAACAGUGUGUUGCUGAGGAGCUGCCAUUGGCUGACAGCUCAGUGGACUUGGUGACAGCCAUGUCUGCCUUCCACUGGUUCGACCGGCCACGCUUCCUGCAGGAGGCCCACAGAGUGCUGAAGCCCCGGGGCUGCAUGGCUCUGCUCAACUACACCAUGGACAUGGAGCUCAGCUACCCUGAUUGCUGCUCUCAGACACUCAACCAAAUCUGCCAAGAGUUCUAUGCAGCCUUGGUUCCUUACCGCAGUGCCCACCUUGGUUCCAAUUCGAUUGAAUUGUACCGGGAGGCGUAUAAAUCCCUCCCUUACCCUGACAAGGAGUGGCAUGAGUGUGUGUGCGUGAAAAGGCCCAUGCCUCUUUCCAGCUUCAUGGGGUUCGUGGAGUCCUUCUCCAGCUAUCAGACUCUGGUGAGAGAAGACCUGCAGAAAGCCACCGCCCUGUCUCAGGACAUCAGUCACAGGUUGAUGUCCGUGAUGAAGGUGUCCUCUGCAGAGACAGAGGUGGAGGUGUCUGUGAGAUAUUACUGUCUCCUGGCGUGCAAACCACAGGAAGCCUGACUGACUGCUGCCAGCACUCACAGAUUCAAAAACGAGUAACUUUGCUGUCAACUCCCCCUUUGUGAAACAAUCCCUCGGACAUCUCUCUACAGGACUAAGUGAAUUAGAUGUUACUAGCUUGAUCCGACUUCUUUGCCUACAAAUGCCACUUCUUUAAAAGUAAUUGUUUAACAUUUUAGGAUAUAUUCCUAUUCAUCUUAUUGGUGAUAGCUAAAUGAGAGAAAAUGAAUCCUACUCUUGUUAAUUCAUUCUAAAUUAGAAGCUGGAAGAAGCUGCUAUUUAGUUUAACUUAGCUUAGCUUAACCUAGCUUAUCACAAAGACUGGAAACGGGGAACAGCUAGCUUCGUGCUAUUGUCGUUUUUACACUCCAGUUAUUGUAUUGUUAAAAAAACUGAGACAGAAUGUGUCAAAAUGUGAUCUGAAAAGAUUUUUCUUUCAAAUUGAAGUAAGCGAGGUGGGAGAAGUACUGAGAUAUUUUACUUAAGUAAAAGUAGAAGUACCAGAGUGUAGGAAUACUCUGUUACAAGUAAAAGUCCUGCAUUCAAUAUGUUGUUACUCAAGUAAAAGUGCAGAAGUAUUAGCAUCUAAAUGUACUUAAAAAGUACCAAAAGUAAAAGUAGUCAUUGUGCAGAUUGGCCCCUUUCCGAAUAAUAUAGGCCUGUUUUGAUUAUAAUUAAUGAUGCAUUCAAGUGUUAUCAAAGCUGAUAAAGUUCCAACUGAUUUCAAUUACUUUGUAUACUGCAGGGUAACUUGUGAAUUUACGCCAGGUGUAACUAAAGUUCUUUAUAUUUCACAUCAUUAAUUCAAAUCUGCAUACAGAAAAAGAUAUUAAAUAAAUGUAGUGGAGUAAAAGUACCCAAUUCACCUCUGAGUUGUAGAAGUACAAAGUAGUAUAAAAUAGAAAUACUCAAGUAAGGUACAAGUAUCUCAAAAUUGUACUUAAGUACAGUACUUGAGUAAAUGUACUUAGUUACUUCCCACCUCUGGUGAUACCAAUAAUCUUGGCAAAUGGAACAAUACGGGUUAUGUCGGAUUGAGAGGAAACAAAAGUGGGAGAGAUUAAAACAAUAAAACAAUAGAUUGGGAAAACAAUGGUUGUAGUAAAAAUAAUCGACUAUGUAAUUAAAACUGAUUAAAGUUUAACCAAGCUAAGCUGGUAAAAAGCUGCACAUACUUACUCCUCAGUAUAUCUGCAUCUGGCCAUAAUGUUCAUUUGUUCACACCAGCUCUUUGUGUGUAUAUAUGUGAAAGCAGUAGCUACACUUCAAUAUGGUUCUGCUAUGUGUAGUCAUUGAUUUUCACUGUGAACAAGGAAAGGCUGUUGUUUAAAAUACCACUAGAGGGAGACCUUCGAUCAAAAGUGACGAGUUCAAUAGUUUCAUUACUUUUUUUAGCUAUUAACUACUAAAACAACAAAUAAUGUUGAAACUUAGAAGGAAAUUAAUGUUGUUAUUUUACUUUUGCUUUAACUGUAAUUGACAUGUGAAGUCGGUUUAAAAUGGUGCGAGUCAAUAAUUUGUUUAAGGGCAUUUUUUAUUUCACUUUGGGUUAUGUAUGACCUGUGAAUGUGGGCACGGUUUUAAAUAAACUAAAUUGAUGGUAAUUUUUUUACUAACAUCACUA